CUGACAGCUUGUGCAGAUAUAAACACAGCUGAAGAGGCCAAGACCUACUACAGAAGGCUGUUUUUUUUGCUGCACGAAGAGGUACGUACAAUACAACAUUUACAUUUCAUGGCUAUAGCUGGAAACAUGCUCGGGGAGACAACAUUGUGCAGAAUUUAUUUGGGUCCUUGAGUUCUGGGAUGCCUUAAGGACCUUAGGUUUCAGUGCUUUUUAGUCGGUUCAGUUAAGGGCUAAAAGGAGGUAACAUGAUGGCUCUUGGGCUCUUUCAAACUUAAAACGUUUUGAAUAUGCUUCCUUUCUUUGUCAUAUUUUUCUAUCUACUGGUUGACAUGAACCUAAUUUCUGAGUGACAGGAUGACUCUAUGUCAAGCUUAUCCCACUCCAAAAAUCUAGGAACAAGGAGAGAUUUUAACCUGUGGUUAAGGCCAGUAUAUUAUAUUAAAGACGAAUCAUAUGAAAAGAAAGAAGACAAAAUAAUAUGACAAUUUGUAAUCAACUUUAUUUCAUAAUUUUGACAAACUUUUUAUCGAUUUUUAGUUUCGAGUUGACCAUGACUGCUUAAUAAGGAUAUUGAAGUCUCACAUUGUCAGCUGAAGACCUGUUUAUGACUGUUUACGGCUCAGCCUUAAUUUGGUAAUUUUCAAGUUUUAGACACACCCUUCAGACAAUCCCUUGCAUCAAAUUGUGUCACUGGUGUUUGCAUGUAUUCAGUGGUAGUUUUCAAUACGAAAGCAUAAGCAGCAUGCAUAAUUUUGAGAAUUAAUGAUUUAAUUGUGGUUUAUUAGAGUUUGCAACAUUGGCUUAGACUUAGAAAACUGUGGUGUUUUCAAAGGGUGCAAUUUUUGGUCACUUUUGGGAGGCCGUCAGUAAUGACAUGGCAUUUGCACAUGGAGGCUCAUCCGCAUAUCAAAAUAUUAUAACAGAUAUGGAAACUUGUAUCUUAUGAGAAGAAAAAGGGAUAUAUAUUAUAAUGCUGGAAAUUUUGGUCGAAUGUCCAGCUGGUAAGAAUUCUCCACAAAAUGUGAUCCAGCUGCUCCAGAGUUGGUCCUUUAUUUAGACCAGUCAGUGCUGUCGGCUGGCCAACACUUAAGUCCAUUCCAUUUCUCAAAUUUCUUAUAAUUUUCCGGUCUUACUUUUACGAAAAGUAAUGAUCAGAAUUUUGGUAUAAAGAACACUUUGAGUUGGAAACUUUACUGCAAUUGAACAGUGUCAUUACAUUUUCACUUGGAUAGUUCUCCUAGUAUCUGACCAGCUGGUUUGGCAAAAUGGCAAGCAUCCUGUAAUGGUUUAAAUGCAUAAAAAAUGAUUGAAAUGCUACAGUACAAAUGCCUGUGCCAGGCUCUCAGAUAGUAUGGUGGGAACGUAUUAAAACGAGCAAAGCAAAAAUAAGACGCGCACGACUUGGGAAAGGGGGCGGUGGCAGCGGCAGCCCCCGCGUGUUUUUCACAUUUCUUAAUUAUUACUGAACAACUUUCCACCACCAUCUCGGAGCCUGGAACAGGCUACAGUACAAACAGUAUAGAUCUAGGGAAUAAGGCACAAAGAACAUUGCUAUAAAGUCUUCUUACUUUUUAUGUGUCUUUCUGCCAAGACAAAGAUAAUUUUUUUCUGCUUAACCUGAUGUAAUUAUAAUUACUGAAAUUUUUAAAAAGGCUACCACAUGAAUAAUAAACUUCUAGGGGAAACAAAAACAUUUGUCUUGUCAACAGUUACAAUGGUCUCACUUUAUUUGCAUAACUUUUAAUUAUUAAUUAAUUAAUUAAUGUUUUCAGUUGGUUCCAACUGUGGGGGAGUUCUGUUUAGCCACAAGAAGUUUGGAUGCAAGUCAAAUUUUUUCCCCUUGCAUAAAGAAAAUACCCAGUGGAUAACAAACCUGCCAGCUACACAAGCUAGCUGAUUUAGUGGGCUUAUUUGAUUUAUUUAAACACAAGAUUCCAUUUUCAGUGGGUGUUUAAGGUGAUCCAUUUUUUGCAAACACCAAUUUUUAUGUGAAACAAAAAAAGAUGACAUCUUGAACCUACACGCUGUAUGAAAAAUAUCAUACUCGAGGAUAAAUUCUUGAACUCUAAAUGCAACGAGAAUGUGUUCGGUGGUUUUUCAAAAUAAAAGAUGACAUGACACCAACUGAAAAAAAAACACAUUUUAAUAAAGAAUAGUAAUGAUAAUUAUUGUAACUGAAGGGCUCCAUGCAAAAAUGUCCCCACGCUCUCUUCCUUUUUGCAGGGACGUUUUCCCAAGGAGGCCUUUUCAAUUAUAAACCUUAUUCUAAAAGUGUAGCCUUAUAAUCUUUACUUACUUUAACACAGGUGAAACAAGCUACUAUCAGUUCGACAAUAUGGCGUGGAGAGAUGAUGGAUCUGGUAACCUGACAAUUUCUGGAGCAAAGGUUAGCUUCACUGGGAGUGGCAACUCCAAGGGGAAUGCUAUCUGGAGUCAAGGUGGAACUGGAAGUUGGGAGUUUAAAGUGACUGGAAGUUCCGGAACCUGGGUGGGAGUUUCUGCUGAAGAUAAGUUUGCAGCUGGUUGGGGGAUGAAGGGAUUGUUCUAUGGCGGGCCGGGCAACUUGAGUGAUGGUAGUAGCCUGGUGACCAGUAACUGGGGACCUAAGUUUGGUAAUGGCGAUGUCAUUGGAAUGCGGUUGGAGCAGACUGGUGACAAGACUGUGCUGGCAUUCUCUAAAAAUGGAAGUGGACUGGGAGUGGCAUUUGAUAUUUCUGGCUACAGUGGCAUGGAGUUCCGUCCAGCGGUUUCCAUGGAUGAAGCAGGACAGUGUGUGACAAUCUCUGAGACUGCCACUUCUAACCUGGCUGCUUUCCAGCUUGUUCCCACUCCAAGACAAGGGGUGGAGGGAGACUGGCAGGGGAGGUUCAAGCUGAUGAUUGAGAAAACUGGAGAUGGAGCCUGGAACAUUGCAGCCGAGGUGGCCAACAUUAUAUCCUGCAAUGUAACUCAGGGUGCUGAUGGUAAACUUGUGUCUGGACAAGUUACAAUGACGAAGAUGAUGCCGCCUCCAGAGCUCUUUGAGCUGGAGUGUGAGGUAACCUCCAUCCUGGAAGGUCUGACUUCACUCAGACGGGAAGGAGAGACCCUGGUGCUGGAAGGAGGAGGAAAGAAGGAGAUCUUUACACCUGCUGCUGGACCUGGUCCUGCCACCAAAGACAGUGUCAACUGGAUGCGUUGA